AAAACCAAGGGGGAAAACAGGGGAGAAGGUAGAUAACUAGAAAGGCGUCGCCGAGAAGCCAUCACCAACAGAAACCGUCGUCUUCUACGCAUACGUAUAUAUAUAUACACGUGCGCAUUCGUAUCUAUCUCUCACUGUGAUCAGUGGGAGAGAGAGAGAGAGAGGCGGCUGAAAUGGCGCCCCCGCCGAAGCCGUGGAAGGCGGAGUAUGCAAAAUCCGCGAGGUCUUCCUGCAAGACAUGCCGUUCCCCCAUUAACAAGGAGAAGCUCCGUCUGGGCAAGAUGGUUCAAGCAACCCAAUUCGACGGCUUCAUGCCCAUGUGGCACCAUGCUGAUUGCAUACUGAAGAAAGCAAAGCAGAUAAAAUCAGUUGAUGAUGUUGAAGGCAUAGAAUCACUCCGGUGGGAAGAUCAGCAAAAAAUAAGAAAAUACGUAGAGGAGGCUGAACCGGGGAGUAGCAAGAAUGACGGUGGCACCGAGAAAUUGGAAUAUGGGAUCGAAGUUUCCAAGACUUCACGUGCCAAUUGCAGAAAAUGCAGUCAAAAGAUCAUGAAAGGAGAGGUGCGUAUAUACUCCAAGCCUGAAGGUGUGGGUAACAAGCAAGUGAUGUGGCACCAUGCAAAAUGUUUCCUUGAAAUGUCCCCCUCUAUUGAACUGGAAAAUUUGCCCGGGUGGAGUAGCAUACCUGACUCGGACCAUAACGUUCUUCUUCCUCUGGUGAAGAAAGUUCCUUCAACAGACAAAACUGGAAUAAAAUCUGGGACCGAGGUGGUUGAAGUGCAUCAUACAACUUCAAAACCAGGGGCAAAGCGGAGAAAGGAUUUGGAUAAUGAAAAGAAGUCAAAACUAGCUAAGACUAGCUUUGAUGUGCCUACAAGUGGUGCUUUACAGGCUUGUAGCACAGAAAAGGAAAUGGAGGCUCAAACAAGAGAGUUGUGGGAUCUGAAGGAUGAUCUUAAAAAAUAUGUGACAACAGCUGAGCUGCGAGAAAUGCUUGAAGAAAAUGAACAGAGUACGAAAGGAUCAGAACUUGAUCUGCGUGACCAAUGUGCCGAUGGCAUGAUGUUUGGUCCACUUGAUAAAUGCCCUAUUUGCUCCAGUCAUAUCUCUUAUUCUGGAGGUAUUUACCGGUGCCAUGGUUACAUUUCGGAAUGGAGCAAAUGUUCUUAUUCCACUUCUGAACCAUUACGUAUCAAAGGGAAGUGGAAAAUUCCGGAAGAAUUGGAGAAUCAAUUCGUUGUGAAGUGGUAUAAUUCACAAAAGACCGUGAAGCCUAAGCGUAUCCUGCGCCUUGCAUCAUCAUCUAAUGGAGGGGCUCCGGGUCAAGUUUCUAAGGAUGCAUCUGACUCUCCAAGUGGUGAAAAACUGGGAAAUCUAAGAGUUUCAAUUGCCGGAUCCUCUAAGGAAUGCGAAUCAUGGAAGAAGAAAAUUGAGGAAGCAGGGGGAGAGGUUCAUGCUAAAGCUAAAAAAGGUACAAAUUGUUUGGUUGUUUGUGGGCAGCUGGACAUGCAAAAUGCUGAAAUGAGAAAAGCAAGGAGGAUGAAAAUACCCAUCGUGAGAGAGGAUUAUCUGGUGGAUUGUUUCAAAAAGCAGAGGAAGCUUCCAUUUCAAUUGUACAAAUUUGAGGACACUGGUGAGAGCAUGGUCACUGUUAAAGUAAAGGGUCGAAGUGCUGUGCACGAAGCAUCUGGCCUCCAAGAGUAUUGUCAUAUUCUUGAAGAUGGCAAUAGCAUCUAUAACACGACUCUUAGCAUGUCUGAUCUUUCAACUGGUAUUAAUAGCUACUAUAUACUUCAGAUUAUCCAAGAAGACAGAGGUUCAGAUUGUUACGUUUUCCGUAAAUGGGGUCGAGUCGGGAAUGAAAAGAUUGGAGGUAACAAACUGGAUGAGAUGUCGAAGUCUGAUGCAAUUCAUGAAUUUAAACGUCUGUUCCUCGAAAAGACUGGAAACACAUGGGAAGAAUGGGAACAGAAAAAGGAUUUCCGGAAGCAUCCUGGCAGAUUUUUCCCACUGGACAUUGAUUAUGGAGUAAACAAGCAAGUAGUGAAAGCCCCAACCGCUGACAUUAGUAGCAACCUUGCUCCUCCAUUAAUAGAAUUAAUGAAGAUGCUUUUUGAUGUGGAAACAUAUCGAGCGGCUAUGAUGGAGUUCGAGAUAAAUAUGUCAGAGAUGCCACUUGGAAAACUUAGCAAACAUGACAUACAAAAGGGUUUUGAGGCAUUGACUGAGAUACAGAAACUACUGACUGACAGUGACCACCAGCCUUCUAUCAAAGAAAGCUUACUUGUUGAUGCUAGUAAUAGAUUUUUCACUAUGAUCCCUUCUAUUCAUCCUCAUAUUAUUCGAGAUGAACACGACUUCAAGUCAAAGGUGAAAAUGCUAGAGGCUCUGCAAGAUAUCGAAAUAGCUUCGAGAUUAGUUGGUUUUGAUGCUGAUAACACCGAAUCCCUUGAUGAUAAAUAUAAGAAAUUGCGUUGUGAAAUCUUGUCACUUCCUCCUGAUAGUGAGGAUUAUCGAUUAAUCGAGAAAUACCUUCACACAACUCAUGCCCCGACACAUACUGAGUGGUCUCUUGAACUGGAGGAAGUAUUUGCCCUGGAAAGAGAAGGAGAGUUUGAUAAAUUUGCUCCUUACAGGGAAAAGCUUGGCAAUAAGAUGCUCCUCUGGCAUGGAUCUCGGUUGACGAACUUUGUUGGAAUUCUGAGCCAGGGACUGAGAAUUGCGCCACCAGAAGCUCCUGCUACUGGCUACAUGUUUGGGAAGGGGGUAUAUUUUGCCGACCUUGUCAGUAAAAGUGCUCAGUAUUGCUACACUAGUAAGGAAAACCCGGUGGGCUUAAUGCUUCUAAGUGAAGUUGCUUUGGGAGAAGUAUAUGAGCUCACAAAGGCAAAGUAUAUGGAUAAACCUCCACGAGGGAAACACUCAACAAAGGGGCUUGGCAAGAAAGUACCACAUGAACAAGAUUUUGUCAAGUGGAGAGAUGAUGUGACUGUUCCUUGUGGGAAACCUGUUGCAUCGAAGGUCAAGGCUUCUGAACUUAUGUACAACGAGUACAUUGUCUAUAACACGGCCCAAGUCAAGUUGCAGUUCUUGUUGAAGGUCAGGUUUCAUCACAAGAGAGGAACUAGAAGCUAACGCAAAGUCAGGCGUGACAUCUGUGAAUCUCUUUUUUUGGGGAUAUAAACAGUUUCGUAGUUCGUUUUUCAUCUCGGGUUUUUGGUCUGCGUCCAUCUCGGGUUCUGUUUUGGUUUCGAAACGAUGAUAAAUACCGGAAAUGGGCAGACAAAACAUUUGAACAAACAUCGUUGCUUGUCCCACGAACUUGUGUUCUGUCUCAUGCUUGACCCUUGUUCAGGUUUUGACGUUCCUCCUGAAAUGAUAAAACCAUGUAAAUAUCUGUCGUGCGGAUAUGUUUUGUGGAUACGUUGGUUGUAUCAGAGGUUAUUGAUCUCUUCCAUUA